GAUCUUUCUUUCUUUCUUUCUCUCUUUUUUUGGCGGGAAAACGACGCCGUCAUCGAUAGGUAACAAUUGGAGUGAAAGAGAUAGAGAUGGGGGUUUCGGAGAAUUGGAAGGGGUUGAUACUGGCUGUGUCUUCAAGUGCAUUCGUUGGUUCAAGCUUCAUCUUGAAGAAGAAGGGUCUUAAGCGUGCAGCUGUACGCGGUACUCGUGCAGGAGUUGGCGGUUAUACUUAUCUGCUAGAGCCACUUUGGUGGGCUGGCAUGGUCACAAUGAUUAUUGGGGAGAUUGCAAACUUUGUAGCUUAUAUUUAUGCUCCGGCAGUUCUUGUUACUCCCCUUGGGGCACUUAGUAUUAUUGUCAGUUCUGUUUUGGCUCACUUCUUGUUGAAGGAACGGCUUCGGAAGAUGGGGGUUUUGGGAUGUGUAUCCUGCAUUGUGGGAUCAAUUGUUAUUGUCAUCCAUGCACCACAAGAGUAUACUCCAAAUUCUGUCCAAGAAAUAUGGGAUCUUGCCACUCAACCAGCAUUUCUAAUUUAUGCAGCAGCAACAGUUUCAGCAGUUUUGGCCUUGAUUUUACACUUUGAGUCUCUCUAUGGACAGACUAAUAUGCUGGUUUACUUGGGAAUUUGUUCAUUAAUGGGCUCACUUACGGUUGUGAGCAUAAAGGCCGUUGGAAUUGCAAUAAAGCUUACACUUGAUGGAAUAAGUCAAAUAGGUUAUCCUCAGUCUUGGUUUUUUCUUACAGUAGCCGUAAUAUGUGUCAUUACACAGUUGAAUUACCUUAACAAGGCACUGGAUACAUUCAAUGCAACAAUCGUGUCUCCUGUAUAUUAUGUAAUGUUCACAACUCUUACUAUUAUUGCCAGUGCAAUAAUGUUUAAGGAUUGGUCUGGUCAGGAUGUCAGCAGCAUAGCCUCUGAGAUAUGUGGAUUCAUCAUCGUUCUUUCAGGAACAAUCAUAUUGCAUGCGACUAGAGAACAGGAAGAAUCUAAUAUGCAAGGGACCUUGACAUGGUUUAUUGGCGAGGAUUCAAUAAAGGGCCUUGAUGAUGAACACCUGAUCCUUAUACAUGGUUCGGAUUAUCUUGAACAUUGACUUUUCGUUCGAAGUAGACGUGAGAGAACAUGUUAUAUCAGCAACAAUUAUAUGAUGUGAGCAUGCCCAUGGUCAUGAUGCGGUGCAUUAGUAGUGUGGAUUGCUUGUCUGUGAUUCUUGAGCUUAAAUUCAAGCAUCCAGUGGUGCUAUAGUUUUCUGAACAUUUCUCAGCAGGCAAUUGUGCAUACAACUGUUCACCGGAGACAUCACAAAACGCUUGAGAUACGCUAAUGGUUAUUCUGAGGGCUGAAUCAUUUUUCUAACUGAAAUGGGAUCGCUGUCUCAGUGCAACAACUGAGAUUUUUGGAGUGAUCUCAUGGUACGUUCUACUGUCCGUGGUAGCCAUUAUAAUUUUUCUUUUUAUAUUUUUGGUUGAAAGUUAGCAAUUGUUUAUAUUGUUCAGUCCGAAUUUUCUCAU